UAAUGUCUGAAAUUUAGCUUUUUAUCAGAUGUUUCGUAACGUAGAGUCAAGUUUACCACACGUCCUGCUUCUCACCGGCAUUUUCUAGCGUUACCAGCAAAUGUCAGUUUCUAAAACCCUGUCUGUAUCCCCUUGUCUUCACGGGGGAACCUCACAGUUAGCGAGUGAAACUAACUUGCACAGAAAGGGAAGAUGAGUUAGCCGCUGGAGGCUAACCGAGGCAGCUAGCUGCUCUGGCCCGGUCACUUCUUCCUUUGCUGCUUCGUCUCGUCGGCGUCUGUUGACAGGAGAUAAAAAAAAACAAGAGUGUGGCGGCGACUCUGGGGGAGUUUCCUGUCUCACCGCAGGAAUGCCGGGUGGAGAGUACGGGGAGCUCGGGGCCAGUCUCCCCGCCAUCGCCUCCCUGAACGCCUCCUACUCCACAUCCAUGUCCAUCCCCUCCCCGUACCUGUUUGUACCACCUGCUGAGCGCAAGGUCAUCUCCGACGUCCGCCGCACCUUCUGUCUCUUUGUGACGUUCGACCUGCUCUUCAUAUCGCUUCUCUGGAUUAUCGAGUUGAACAUCUCCAGCAACAUCUGGACCAGUUUAGGAGACGAGGUUAUCCGCUAUCACUUCCGGUCUUCCUUCUUCGACAUCUUUCUUCUCGCCAUCUUUCGUUUCCUGUGUCUACAAGUGGGUUACGCUGCCUUUCGGUUAAAGCACUGGUGGGUAAUUGCGAUUACCACUUUAGUGACCACCGUCUUCCUCGUCGUAAAGGUCAUCGUAUCUAAUCUGCUGUCCCAGAAUGCCUUUGGCUACGUUUUGCCCAUCACCUCAUUUGUGGUGGCCUGGCUGGAGACCUGGUUUCUUGACUUCAAAGUGCUCACGCAGGAGGCAGAUGACGAAAGAGCCUACCUAGCAGCGGUGAACGCGGCCUGGCUACGGGCUCCCAUGAUCUACCCCUCUGCCGUUUCAGACGGACAGUUCUACUCCCCACCCGAAUCUGUCGCAGGCUCCGAAGAGGAUCUGGAUGAGGAGGGUCUUGGGCGUAGAGCUGUCACCGCUCAGGAGAAGGAGUACGUCCGACAGGGUCGUGAGGCCUUGUCUGUGGUCGAACAGAUCCUAGCCCAGGAGGAUGCAUGGAAAUUUGAAAAAAACAAUGACAUGGGAGACUCUGUCUACACCCUGGAGAUUCCCUUCCAUGGAAAGACUUUCAUUCUCAAGGCUUUCAUGCAGUGUCCUGCUGAGCUGGUGUAUCAGGAGGUGAUUCUGCAGCCAGAGAAGAUGGUCCAGUGGAACAAAACGGUUUCCGCCUGCCAGAUCCUCCAGAGGGUUGACGACAACACACUGAUAUCAUACGACGUCUCUGCUGGAGCAGCGGGGGGAGUUGUGUCUGCCAGGGACUUUGUUAACGUUCGACGGGUGGAACGCAAACGAGACUGCUACCUGUCUGCUGGUAUGGCAACUGACCACGACGCCAAGCCCCCAUGUGGUCGCUACGUCAGGGGGGAGAACGGUCCAGGAGGAUUUGUGGUCCUCAAAUCCAGCAGUAACCCGUCGGUCUGCACCUUCAUCUGGGUCCUCAACACGGAGCUGAAGGGUCGUCUGCCUCGCUACCUCAUCCACCAGAGUUUGGCCGCCACCAUGUUUGAAUUUAUGUCCCAUUUACGGCAACGUAUCGCUGACCUGCGGCCGUCUCUCCGCUCCCACCAACACACUUAAAACAGGAGAGACACCGGACUGUGCCACAGCCGGUCGGGAGGUAUCACUACUGGGCCUUUUGUAUACGUAUAUCAAAACCAGCGGAACACGUACAAUGGGCACAGCAGUGCUCUCGUGACGCAUUCGGGCUGAAGGGAUGUGCCAUAGUGACGGAAAAGACUGCAGCUGGAAGCAUAGGAGAUGUGAGCCAUGUGACCACGCAUUCACCACAUUUCAGUCACAUGAGAAGAGGAGUAAUUUGGAUUUCAAAGACGAUGUUCUUCUUUAUUGAAGGUCAACAAUGUUGUAUUUUUUCUAGUGUGACCACGUACAUAUUUUUGAGAAGACCUGAUGUUCUUUGGCCCCUCGCUGUACGAAGAGAGCCGUGUUCUGAAAGCAUCACUCACUCAAGAAGACCUGGAUGAAGAUGGGGGGGUGAUUCUCACCGUCUGACGUAUUUCAAAAUGAAACCGAUGCACUGGCUUGACUGAGCCUUAUCCUACUGCGCACACUGUUGGCCAUUGAUUUGCUGCCUUUUUGUGUGAUUUCAAUACAAUGUUAUAAAUGUUCCUCUGGUGCACCAGUCCUAAAACGAACACACACACCUGCAAGGGACAUGUCAUUUGAAGGAGUAAAAGCGGUUUUCCAUGGUUAAUGCUCCUUAACAACACUGUGAUAGACGGUAAAAGCAGCACCACUAGAAGAAGACGCCACUUACCUACCCAGUGAAAGCCUCUAGGGUCGGGACGUUUUCCAGAGUUUGCCUUUUACAUAUGAAGAAUGCAGCAGGAGACUGUCAGACGCUUUCCCAAAGACAGAAAACUCUGGAGCGUUCAGGCGAGGGGAGGGGAGGGGGGGGGGCGCUCGGGUAGAGCAAGCAGCUGGCAGGACAUGAUGUGUAUAUUCCGCUGUGGAAAUUGCGUGUUUUUGUUUACAGCACAUUGACACCAUAUCACUUACAGCUCUCAACUCUUGUUUAAUUGCAUCCUCUGUGUAUGUUUUAAUGCUGAGAUAUUUGGGCUAUUUUUCUGUUCUAAAUUGCUUUAGUUCAGUAUUUCAUUCGUGGCGUAUUAACAUCUUCAAUACGCCCUAUCGCUCGACAUGUAUUGUCACACGGGCUCGCUCUGACAUUUUGCUUGGUGACUUUUAGGAAAAGUUGUUGAAAUGUCGGCCACAACUGGCUCAGAUAUUCACCUUCUCACAUACAGGGCCUCCAGAAGAUUUCUGGAAAAUGUCAGAAAGCAGCUUAAGUUUGACAGCUCCCUCUCUUGUGCAAAGACUUGUUUUCUAAUCAUCUUAAAUAUAAUCGACUAUUACUGAAGGUUUCUCAAUACUACUUUUGUGAUGCACUUUGUCAUUUGGAGUCAAACCAGGAGGCUGUUAGUAUGUGAUGCAAAUGCAUUAUCGAGCUUGAUUAGUACUAGAUGAUGAUGCUCACACAUCGUGAUGCUGUACACGCUCUGCAGCUGUACUUUUGUCCCAAUAACCUCAAGUGGCCUUGUGGUAAAAGAAGCUGAGCUCAUUCAUGGCAUCAACACUUCUGAAUCUGCUGACAUUAGUACUGGUCUCCCCUCAGGCACUCAGAUGAGAUGAUUGAGGUUUUUCUAUCACUUCUUACAUUAUGAUUAUUGCAUUGUAGUUUUGCUUCAAACAUCUGUAUCUCAGUGUUAUGAUGGACCUCAGAAAAUCUUUUUAUAAUUUCACAAAACCUGGUCAUAGGUCCAAUUCACUGCGGAGUUGAACCAGAGUUAGCAGACAAGGCAGGAAACUUUUGUUCUCUCUCGCAAGCUGUCAACCAUCUGAGGAGAGUCCUUGUCCAAAACAUGUGGUAAUUGAGAUUUUUCAGUUUUAGCUGUUUAUCAUAGUGAAGGAAUGUUAAAUGAAAUGCUUUAACGAUAUCAGCGUUCUGGUGCCUUUUUAUCACUCUCCCCUCACCUCCGACUUUUUCUAUUGCUUUACCCUGUCAUGUCCAUGUUUGCCAUAUUCACAUGAAACGUGCUUACAGUGCUUAAGUUUGUGUCUUUCUUUUUAAUAGUUUUUGAAUGUAAUUUAUCAUAGAUCAUUCAUCCAACAUGUUAAUUUAAACCAACAGUCCAACAGUUUUUAUUGAGUCUUAACCAGUGUCUGAUGUUUAAUAAAAUAUACGAAGUCAU